CAUGUUAGUAAUAGUAAUAGCAGUUCUACCGUUCUAUAUAGCCUAUUUUAUAGUUGGAAACAUUCCAUUAGUACCAAGAAAACGAAGAACCAAAGUAGCUUUAGCUGUUUUUUGUUGGCUAGCUUUUAUCUAUUUCUUUUGGAAAUUAGGUGAUCCUUUUCCAAUACAUAGUCCAAAACAUGGGAUAAUAUCAAUAGAGCAAUGUAUUGGUCGUGUAGGUGUUGUUGGUGUAACAUUAAUGGCUAUACUAUCUGGUUUCGGUGCUGUAAAUUGUCCGUAUACUUAUAUGUCAUAUUUUGUCAGACAAGUAAGUAAUACUGAUAUUCAGAGUGUUGAGAAAAGAAUUAUGCAAACUAUGGAUAUGAUAUUAAUGAAGAAAAAGAGGAUUGCGUUAGAAAAGAGAGAAAAUAUGAGACGAUCGGCUGUUUCACAAGAAAGAAGAGGAUUUUGGAGUAUGAUAAAGCAAGUAACUUCAUCGCAAAAUAACGAAAAUAUAAAAAUUCUUAAGCAAGAAGCAGAAGCAUUAGAAGAAUUAAGUAGGCAACUUUUUCUGGAGUCAGUCGAUUUACAUAACGAACAAGAACGAAUUCAGUAUUCGACAACAUUUAAAGGGAGAUAUUUUAAUAUAUUAGGCCAUUUCUUCUCUAUAUAUUGUUGUUGGAAAAUAUUCAUGGCCACAAUAAAUAUUGUAUUUGACCGUGUUGGAAAAGUUGACCCUGUAACGAGGGGUAUUGAAAUUGCUGUUAAUUAUUUUGCCAUUCAAUUCGACGUAAAAUUUUGGUCGCAACAAAUUUCUUUCGUUCUCGUUGGAAUAAUUGUAGUAACGUCUAUUCGAGGUUUAUUAAUAACUUUAACAAAGGGCAUGUAUUUUGUAUCGUGCGUUCUUCUUAUGAGAAUGAAUAUGCCUUUGGAAUAUAGAAUAAUUAUAACUCAAGUAUUGGGGGAUUUACAAUUUAACUUCUAUCACCGGUGGUUUGAUGUGAUAUUCUUAACAAAGGUUGAUAAAAACACGCAGCGGGACAGAGUUUUGAAAAACUUGCAAAGAGAUGAACGUUUACGAAAGCAGAAGGACACAAACUCUGAGGAGAAAGCUGAACGUAAAAGAAAAAUUAUGGAAAAAGUGAAUAAAGAUCUUUCUAAUCACCAAAGUAAUGAUGGAAAGAGCAAAAAGUCUUUGGAAAGGAGGGCUCAUAAUAACAAGUCCAAACCUAUGACUGAUGCUGAAAUAAGAGAGCAUCGACUUGCUCUGCAAGAAAAAGCUCGAAAAGUGCUACACAAACCGUUAAACAAGCUUUCAGCCACUGAACCAAGGCAGACAACAACUCUUAAAGAUUCCACCUCUAGACCUGCCAGAAGUGAUUUGAUUCCUGCAUCCCAGCUGGGCUUGAAACCUUUGUCGCAAAAGAUGGAAGACAUUUUAGCUGCAAAGAAUAAUAUUAAUUAUACAACAAGAGUUAUAUCAAGUGACAAUAAAAGUGAAAAAAAGAAGCAUAAGAAGAAGAAAAAAGAGAGAGAUGAAUCACGUUCUAAAAGAAAAGAAAAAGUCGCAGAACCUGUGUCAAAAAAACCCAAAUUAGUUAAACAUUCCGUUAGACAGGCUAAUAUGAAACCACUGAGUUUUGAUGAAAUAAUAAAGCAGGCUAAUGAUAAUAAAGAUAAGGUUGUUGAUUGGAAAAAAAUAGAGUUGGAACAAAAACAGCGGAAACAGGCUAUAGAAAAGCAAAAAGAAAUUGAUAGAAGAGAAAAGUUAAGAAUUUUAGUGCCUGAAAAGAGUCCUAGAAAAAAUUCGAGAGCAGUACCACCACAACCCCCAUCAAGAUCAGCCGUAAAGCCAGCAGUCCCUCACCAAUCCAGAGCUUCAACUGUUCAAACGCAAUCUGUUUCUAGAUCGUCUAUUAAUCAAAAACUGGUCGAGAAGAAAAAAGAGAGAAAACCUUCACCGGUACCUGUACCAAAAAUACCUAAGGAACUUUAUAAUUCCGACUAUGGCUAUGAAGAAGAGUACGAUGAUGAAAUGAAUGAUUUUAUUGACGACGACUAUGGUGAUGGAGUAAAUUCAAAUGAAAUAUGGAAAAUUUUUGGUUUAAAUAAAAAAAAAUAUGACAGAGUAAAUGAUUUCGAUGACAUUGACAAUAUGGAGUCAAAUUUUGGAGAAAUUGACGCAGAAGAGAGACGAUCAGCAAAGAUUGGAAAGCGUGAAGAUUUAGAAGAUAUUCGACGUGAAGAAGAGGAAAAAAAGAGAAAGAGAGAGCGAUUGAAAAAGAAAAAAUUCUAA